GUGAAUCCGAAUAAUAAUAAACUAUUUUUGAACUUAAGGGAAGACAUUUUUAGCGGUAAAUUUCAUUUUUAGCAUUCAACUAUGUACUAAUUAUAAUACAGCGCCGGCAACUAAGGUCUUAUUCGGCGGCGAAACAUUAAAAACAAAACAGCUGGUUAUCAGCUGUGUGUUAUACAAACUGAUUUUUCAUUGGGCUGAGAAGUUUCCAUUGGUAUUUCUAAAUUUAAUAACUUAUGUAUUAAAUCUUAAAAUUUCUUUAAGAUUGUAUUUGAUUAUUACUAUUUAAAAGAGUUUUUCAAAAUUGUGGAAAUGUUGCCAAAAAACCAAAUUCGAUACUUGCACUUGGCCAUUGCAUAUAUGGCGCGUGGUGUGGGUCGUCGAUCUAAUCCUGGGCUCGGGCAUCAGCUCAGUAGCAUGGAAAGUGUUGAUGAGCGUUUAGAACAAGAUCCUGAAGGAUUUGGUGACUUGGAAACGGAUUUUAUGGCGACUAAUCACACGCAUCGUGAAUAUGAACGUGAAAUGAGUCAACAACGUGAACGAAUUCGACACAUUAUGGUUAAACACAAAUACUUCCGUGAAACAAAGUUACCGAACUUGCUGACUUAUGCUGAGAAAGAGCAAAUGCGCACAUUGCAUUCACGUGACCCUGAGGAGUGGACAGCUGAUCGUUUAGCUGAAAGUUUUCCAGCUACAACGGAAGUCGUUAAGAAAAUAAUAACCGCAAAAUGGCAAGCGCGCAGUGAGCAUCGCAUACGCAAACACGAUGAAGUGGUUAUACAAAAUUGGGAAAAAUUCCGUUCAGAUCCAAAAUUAUUGCAGUUGCCACCCGAUUUUCAAGCUCACUUGCAAAAGUUUGCCACGAGACGAACAGAGGACUUACUUUCGGUUGCCAGAGGCUUGCCAGCUAAGCCAGCUUUGGCGCGACCAAUGAAACAAGAAUUUCUCUCGAUUAUUACAAGUUGUAAAAAAUAUGCAGAAAAGGAAGAUGUACCAAAGAUCACUUCAGGAAAUUCACAAAAUGUUGAGGAAGUUUCAAGGGCUACAUCAGCCGAAGAUGAAACGUAUUUACUGCAAAAAGUGUACGACAAACGGAGAAUGCGCCUACAAGAGCUGAAAAAGUUUAAACUAUCCCCAACCGAAUUAUCAGUAUCUUCUAAUGAGUUGACCAAAAAUGAAAAUCACACAGUUAAUCGAGAAAUAACUGAACAGGAAUCAGCUUCUAAAUUACACAAUCCCGACGGAACUGGCAUAAUUUCGAAGUCCCUACAUAAUAAUCCAUUCGCUGAUAUCAAUGCAAUCGAAAAAUAUGAAAGUAAUGAAAUCGUUAUCAGCGCUGAGGAUCAGAAGCGCUUUGAAAUAACACGCGUUAAAGAUCACAUACAUAUUCCACGCAAAGUAUGGCGCAAAGGUGGAACUUAUCGCGUGGAGGAUGCGUACUAUGAUGAUGAUGGGGAACUCCUCUAUCGUGUGCCGGGCAUGUCAGGGAAGAACAGAUAGAAGUUUUAUCUGCACGAUAUAUAAAAGAUUUAUUGAAAAUGUAGUAUAUCAUUUUUACAAAACAAAAAAAACAAAUAAAAGUGACUACUUUUAUCUUUCAAUAUAGCAAGAUUUUUAUUAUACCACACAUGAGUAAACAUGUUUGAUGUGUGUACUGAACGCAACAAAUAAUAUUUUUCAAAUAUAACCGUUGUAGUAAAGAAUCUAUUUUAAAAUCCUUAUAAAACUAAUUUGGACCUUAUUAUUAGUAUUAUUUGUUAUUUUUGGUAAUUAUUUAAGCACUCCAAAAGAAAACAGAUUUCUAUAUAUGCAUAUGUAUAGUUAUAGCUUAUUCAUGUUUAUUGUACAUAGUCUUUAAAGUGAUUAUGAGUAAAGCAUAGUGACAGCUUAUGUUAAAUUAUUGUAGAUAAACAAAGGUGAAGAAAAAUAAGCAAAUCAUGGAAGCAUAUACAUAUAAUAUGUAUAUGUAUUACGGUAUGAAAUAAAAAUAAGCUAACACAAAUUAUGUAAA